ACAAUAGUUAUGCUAGCUGCUCAGCUAGUUACAUUUCCACCGUUCAUUUUCCUUCAGUCCUGUAAUGUCAUAAAAACAACACAGAUCACCGGUUCUGUUAUGAUAAGGUGUGUUAAUGCCAGAUAAAUACUUUACUGAGAACAAAGAAGUUAGAAAACAGUAUGGCUGGGAUUAAAGAUGCAUAUCAACUCAUAGACCCUGUAACGCUGAGCCUUGGAGAAGAGAGCAUCACAUCACAACUUUACUGCAGCUCUGUCAAGGGCUUCGACUCUCGUUUGUCCACUCUGGUGGAGGCGUUUUUGGUUGAGGUGUUUCGCUGCCGAAUGUGUCAGUUCACCAGCAGUCUGAAGACUAGGAUCUGUAGUCACAUCACCGAUAGCCAUUCCUCGGCAUCAUCAUCACCAUGCCACCACCUUUCCUGCCUGGAGAAAGAGAAAGAGGAGGAGGAGGAUGGCUUGACUGAGCUGGACCAGAAUGCCUCUCCUUAUGAUCUCCAUUCUAGCUCCAAAAAUGGUGAGGACCACAUGGACAUGGACCGCAUGUUCCUGCUCCCAAUGUAUGGCAUGUUGCAGAACAUCAGCCCACCGCCAUGCGAUAUCAGUUUGAGUGCCAAUUCUGACAGCAACCUUCAUGUGGCCCAGACGUGCGAGGUGAGCACUUUGUUUGACGAAGACAGACACAGCGAUGAGGAGAACGUCUUCCAGCUGGAGGAUUCCAACCAUGGGCUCCAAGGGCCCCUUUCCACUGAAAUCACCUGUGUUGAGGAUGAAGAAAUGGCGCAGUCUGCUCAUUUAAUGACCCUUGGCCUGUGCAGAAUCUCUAGUGCUAAAUGUCCCUCUCAGCCUACUGCCCUGUCGGUGCCUUCAGGUGGACAGGACGUCUCAGAGACUUCCUUGGAAGACAAACAACCCCUUCUGACAGCAAAUGAAAUACAAAAGCAGGCUGAAGAGGAAAUGGGGCUUUCAUGUGUUUUUUGUCAAGCAGUCUUGGCCAAUCAUAGCCUCUUAGAGGUGCACUUGAAAUGCCAUGACGGUGAACAGGGGUUCAAAUGCCCACGCUGUGGCCGAGCAGCAGCAGACUGGGCUGAUAUGGAGUGCCACUGGAGGAGCCAUACAAGAAGGAAGAGGUCUAAACACCACAAGUGUUCUUUUUGUCCCCGGACGUUCAGAAGAGCAGACUUGUGUGACGCUCACCAGAAGAGGCACAACCAAGCUCGAAAUAAGCCUUCUUCUCAGACCCAGUGCUCAUUGUGUUUCACGUGGUGCCGCCCCGGGCAGGAGUGGGAGAUGCACCAGCGCUGUCACUUUCAGGGAGGCUUUAAGUGCCUGUAUUGUGAUUUCACAGAAAAAGCUUGGAAGAAGACGUACAAGCACAUCCUCCAUCAGCACACCCAGACUGAUGGAGAGUCGCACCAUGAUGUUUCCUGUAACGUAUCAUCAGCCCUGAAGUUUGGUUACUCCAAAAGCCUUGGAGAUGUGCAGGUGGAGCCAUGGAGACAUGCGACAAAGAUGAGUGAGGUUGUAGAAAAGAAGAAAAGUGACAAGGACAAAAGAGACUACUUAACAUCCACCAAGCAGGAGAUAAGUGUGGGAUUGAAGGCCCCUAAACGGAAAGACUUCUGCUGUUUGCUGUGUGAUAAAAAAUUUUCCACCAAGCUGACCAUGCGGCGUCACAUGGAUAUUCAUCAGGGGGAGAAGGCUUAUAAGUGCCUUCGCUGUCACUAUAGCACCAGACUGAAAGCCUCGCUCAUCCAGCACAUGCGUGUCCACACAGGUGAAAAGCCUUACAAGUGUCCCCAAUGUCCAUACGCCUCCAUCGACAGGAGCUCUCUGAGACGACACUCACGGACACACACUCAGGAAAAGCCCUACUGCUGCCAGUACUGCCCUUAUAGCUGCAUCCAAAAGAAAAGCUUGGACCUUCACUCACGGCGGCAUCACACGGGAGAGUCAUUCCCCUGCCCGCUGUGCCAGUAUUCAACACCGGACCGGCAACUGUUGCUGCGCCACACACGCAAACACCACACCUCUGAGAACUCUACUGUACUCGGGACGAGGAGUGCGCCGACUUCUAAAAGAGCUCGAACCUCCAAAUAACACAGCUAUCUGCAGUGAUUAAGAAAAAUGAGGGAAAAUGACUUAAUUUACUUAACAAUUGACAAAUGUAAGAGAGCACUUGUUUCUAUUUCUGAGGGGAAUGUAAUACCAGGUGAAGCCACUGGGGGCAGCAGUAGUGCUGAGACUAGUACUGUAAUACACAGGGUACUAGUGCACAGAGCUGCUUAAUGCUUUUGAGGCAGUUUUAAAUACCAAAAAACAGAUUGAAAGAUUUCACUUGCAACAUAUAGGCUCCUUGAUUAGCUAACAAGAAGGUCAUCAUGUCGGGAAAGAUUUAAUAUUGUUUCACACUGAACUCAUGGGGACAUGACUCUCUUCUAGACACAAUUUCGAAUGUUGGUAUCAGUGACAAAGAAAUGAAAAAGUAAAUCCUAAAACACUUCAUGAAAUUAAGACUGGUACAAUGCAGUCUGCGUAAAGCAGAGACAGUACAAGUUUUUAAAACCAUAAGCGACCAAAAGCUCCUGGUUUGUGAGUGUGUAGUGUGUCUGUUUUAUAAUGUGAUUUCAUAUAGUUUUGAUAAAGACAGGGAGGAAAAAAGUCAAUUUAAUGGCACAAAAUUCAAAGAAAUCGAGUUCUGUGUAUUUAAAAUAAUAAUAAUAAAAAAAUUAAUAUAAAAUUCCUUAUCUGUAAUUGAAAUAAUAACUGGAAUUAGAAUAAUGGUUAAAGAUUAUUUCUCUACACAAUUUUUAAAUUAUAUUAUUGUAAAAACAAUAAACCAUGCCAUAUGGUAAAUAUCCAAAAAUAUUUUGCUGAUUAAUAAAAGGUUUUUUUUUGUCAUCCCUACAGACUACUGUUAAAAUAUUUGC